CCAGCCGCGGCGCUUUUGGGGGAGGCGGCCCAUUUAGGCGGCCCCCCGACUAGGCGGUUCCAGGCGUGCCUAGGCGGCCGAGGCGGCCGCCUAGCCGCCAGUCGCAGCCCUAGGCGGCCUCCGCCCCCCACACUUUUCUUCAGCUAAGCGCGUAGAUCGUUUUUAGGGUUUACAUUUCAUUUCAGAUUUCCCCCCCUCCUCUCUCUCUCGCCUCUCAUUGUCUCAUCUUGGUGCGUUGCCGGUUGCUCCCCUCCUCGCCGUCGCCGGACCCGCCGCUGCUGCUCGCUGGAACGACGACCUGUCUGGCCGCCUCUCUCACCGCACCACCUCUCUCACCGAGCAACCUCUCUGGUCGCCUCUCUCACCGGCCACCGCACCGCCUCUCUCACCGGCCGCCGACCGUGUCCCUCGCCGCCGACCGCCUCCUCUGUGUUCUGCCACCGCCGAGCCCCUUUCUCUCUCAAUCCGCCGCCUUCAAGCUAACAGUCUAACAGUAUGUACUAUGUAUUAUUGUAUUUAAAACUAUUUAUUAACCAUCAUCUAUGAUUUUCAGAUUUAUUAACCAUGUCUUUCACUAGCAAUGUUUAGAUUUUAUCUUCCACAUGAUUUUGAUUUUCAGUUUCAGAUUUGUGUUAGGCUAUUAGCAAUGUUAAGUUCCUGUGUUAGGUUGUUAGUUUUGAUUUUCAGAUUUGUGUUAAGCUGUUAGCAAUGAUUUUCAGAUUUGAUUUUCAGAUUUUGUCUUCCACAUGAUUUUCAGAUUUGAUUUUGACUUCCACAUGAUUUUCAGAUUUGAUUUUGUUCAGUUUAAGUGAUGUCUGGAACGGGGAGUACGGAAGCAUCGUCCGCUACCGUCUCAAUUCUUAAAAGGAAGUCAAAUGAUGUGGGGUGGGAGUAUGGGAUGUUAAUUGAUCCCAAGAAUAUGGACAAAGUCAAAUGCAAGUUAUGCAGUAAGGUGAUGUCUGGCGGUGUUUAUCGAGUUAAAGAACACAUUGGCCAUAUUUCUGGAAAUGUGUCUGCAUGUCCAAAAGCUUCUCCAGAUGAUAGAGCCAAAUGCAAGAAUGCAAUUGAGGAGGCAAGGAAUAAAAAGAAGAAUAAGAAAAAGGAAGAAGAUCUGAUGAGAUCAACAGUCAAUAUUUCUGAAAAGGGGGAAGGGAAUGGCGAUGAUGAAUUGCAAGAAUUAGGGAGUAAUAACCCACCCCGCACACUUGGCCCUAUGGAUAAAUUUGCAAGCUCCAUCAGCCCUGAAGCUGGUUCAAGUGUAAAAAUGACACAAAGACAACAAAAUAUCAAUGAAGCACUCUUUAAAGAGAGGACACAGACAGUUCGUGAAUAUUGUGCUAGGUGGGUCUAUGAGCACGGUAUUCCUUUCAAUGCCAUUGAUAAUGACAGUUUCAAGUUGUUUGUUGAGGCAGUUGGUCAAUUUGGGCCAGGCUUCAAUCCUCCUAGUCAAUACCAGUUGAGGGAAACGUUGCUAAAGGGGGAAGUUGACAGGAUGAAAGGUUUGUUAAAGAAGCAUGAAGAAGAGUGGGCAAGAAAUGGGUGCUCCAUUAUGACAGAUGCUUGGAGUGAUAGAAAAAGAAGGAGCAUCAUGAACUUAUGUGUUAAUUCUAAUGCCGGUACUGCUUUCCUUUCUUCUAAAGAAUCUUCAGAGGAGGCACAUACAAGUGAACUCAUUUUUGAGUAUGUGGACAAAUGCAUUGAGCAAGUUGGGCCACAAAAUGUUGUCCAAGUGGUAACUGACAAUGCUGCCAACAAUAUGGGAGCGACAAAGUUAUUGAAGGUGAAGAGACCCAAUAUCUUUUGGACAUCAUGUGCUACUCACACCAUCAAUUUAAUGCUUGAAAGCAUUGGAAAACUGCCAAGGUACAAAAAAGUCAUUGAUCAAGCCAAGAGUUUGACAAUCUUUAUUUAUGCACAUCAUAAGACCUUAUCCUUAAUGAGGUCAUUUACAAAGAAGAGGGAUAUAGUGAGACCAGGUGUCACUAGAUUUGCUUCUUCUUUCCUUACUCUACAAAGUUUAAUGGAGAAAAAGAGCCAAUUGAGGGCAAUGUUUACUAGCUCUGAGUGGGAGGAGUGCAAGUGGUCGAAGACUGUUAAAGGGAAAGCAGCCUAUGCAACUGUGUUAAGUAUUGCUUUCUGGAAUGGUGUGACUAUAUGUCUUAAGGUUUUUGCACCUUUGGUGAAGGUGCUUCGAAUUGUUGAUGCAGAUAAGAAGCCUUCUAUGGGCUUUUUAUAUGGAGAGAUUAAUCAGGCAAAAAAGGAUAUUAAGGAGGCCCUAAACAAUCUUGAAAAGAACUAUUUGCCUAUUAUGGAAAUUAUUGAUGCAAGAGUGAAAGAUAGGCUAGAUAGUCCAUUGCAUUUUGCGGCUUACCUUUUGAAUCCAUAUUAUUUGUUCAAAGAUAUGGAUAUGCAAUUUGAUAAUGAACUGAUGGAUGGGUUUUUUAAUGCUGUGGAGAUGUUUUUUUAUGGUGAUGAUCGCAUGCAAGGGCAUAUUUUAAAUGUUGAGUUGCCAAAAUAUACUUGCAAAGAAGGAGUUUUUGGAAAGUCAUGGGCAAUUCAAGGGUGUGCAACAAAUGAUGAUAAUUAUAACCCAGUUAAAUGGUGGAUGACUUAUGGAAAUCAAACACCAAACUUGCAACGAAUGGCGAGAAGGAUCCUCUCGUUAACUAGUAGUUCAUCCGGUUGUGAAAGAAAUUGGAGUACUUUUGAAGGGAUACAUACGAAGAAAAGAAAUAGACUAGAUGUUAAUCGAUUGAACAAUCUAGUCUUUGUCCAAUUUAAUGCAAAACUGAUGAACAAGCAAAAAAGGGAGAAGGAGAGGAAUGUUGAUGUGCUACUUGCUAGUGAUGCUAGUAAUGCACAAGGAUGGAUCGUUGAUGGAGAAGAUGAUGAAGAAAUUGAGCCUGGUAUGGGGCUCACUUGGGAAAUGGUUGGUGAAGCUUCUGGAGCAGACGACAUGCUUUAA